AUGGCUAGCACUUCAAUGCUAUCACCAUUGUUUAUGCUGGAGUCACGUUAUUUCUCACGUAUGGCAUCGUCAUUUGACGUGAUGACCGCAUCGAAACGUUACAUUUCACGUCGUCGAUCACGUCAACUGGCCAAUAUUCCCGAGAAUGCACCCAGUGCCUCACAGUUGGCAUCGCGUAUACGUAAACGAUUGGAUAGAAAGGAGAAAGAGGACGAAAUAGAUGGUGGCAAUCGGGCGGUAGUAGAGGACGAUGUGUUCCAGUUGGGUUCAUUGGCCGCUGAAAGAUUUUAUCAAUCGAAUCGGGCGAAAUUCGCCGAGAUCACUUCAGUGCGAGAAAAAAUUGAGAAGGAACGAUGGCAUCGACUGAACGAUGGCUUUGAUUCGGUGGGUGGAGUGAAUGAGAUCAGUUUACCUUUAAAAGGACAGCAAAUAACAACGAAAGAGGAUGUAGCAGAUUCGGAUGUGAACGAAUCAGAAGCUGAGCCAUCGAUAAGGUUUAACGAUCGAGGUUUUUACGUGCAAGGCGAUCAGUUUACAGACGAGUACACGGCAGCGACGGUGUUNGUUUCUGAAAUGUGGACAGAAUUUUGACGAUAUGAAGGUGUGCUACAGUACGGCGGUGCAGAAGAUGCAGUGGAAGCAAUUGAAUUCCAAGAACCUGGACAGAGCUUAAAUCCAAAGGAUCAGGCGAGGGAUUUGGAUUAUUUGGGAGAUGUCGAGAAUAGUCGAGCAGAUUGGAUGGAACAAUACGGGAGUGUUGAUGCUAGAAUGCCGACAUCGAAUAAGGCUUGUGCUGGAUGUGGAGCGAAAUUCCAUUGUAAAGUUAGUGGCAUU